AUUAACUUUGUUGCUUAAAGCUUGCCCUCUUCCCCUUAUCCUUUCUCUCUCUAAAAACUUUCUCCUUCUCUCUCUAUCUUAACAUCAAUUCUGAAGAGAAUUCCAGUCCAAGACCCACACAAACUUAUUAAACUACUAUAAUCUUUCAUCUUCCAAUUAAUAAAAUAAUAAUCAAAACCCACAAAAUUACGAAAAUACAACAAAAGAAAUUCGAGAAACCACAUAUUUUCAUGCCAUCAUGGAAGGAGGAGAUGAUCAUCAGCUCCACCACCACCACCACCUCCACCACCACCAACAGCAGCAGCAGCAGCAGCAACACCACCACCGUCCGACGUUCCCAUUCCAAUUACUUGAAAAGAAAGAAGACGAGCCUUGCUCCUCCUCCUCACCCUACCCUUCUUCUCUCCCGCUCUCCUCCUCCAUUGAAUUACCCAACACUAAUAUUAACAACACGAACGCAACCCUAAGCCGCUCUUCUUCCUCUGCUCUCCAAAUUGCUCCGGCGGAACCGUCCAAGAAACAACCACCGAAGCGAACUUCAACUAAAGACCGACACACUAAAGUCGACGGACGUGGCCGUAGAAUUCGCAUGCCUGCUCUUUGUGCUGCUAGGGUUUUUCAGCUAACUCGCGAGCUAGGUCAUAAAUCAGACGGCGAGACCAUCGAAUGGUUACUACAACAAGCUGAGCCAGCGGUGAUCGCAGCUACAGGAACAGGUACAAUUCCGGCGAAUUUCACUUCUCUAAACAUUUCUCUACGUAGCUCAGGUUCAAGCAUGUCCGUCCCGUCUCAGUUAAGAUCAGCCAGCUUUAAUCCAAAUUUCUCAAUGCAACAACGACGUAGUUUAUUCCCCGGAAUCGGACUCGACACUUCACCGACGCCCACAUUUUUAAAUUUCCAAGCGAGCAAUUUCAAUACAGUUCUUCAAGCUAAACAAGAAUUACGUGAGAGUAAUUCUUCACUCGAGCUAUCGACAGAAACUGAAGAGAGUUUAAGCAGAAAACGACGGUCCGAGCAAGAUUUAUCAUCGCAGCAACAUCAGAUGGGAAGUUAUUUACUGCAGUCAAGUACGGGGGCACUUCCGGCAGCUAGUCAUAGUCAAAUUCCGGCGAACUUUUGGAUGCUGGCUAAUCCUAAUAAUAACCAAGUUAUGAGUGGUGACCCUAUAUGGACAUUUCCUUCAGUUAAUAACACUGCUGCUUUGUAUAGAAGCACUACUUCAAGUGGCUUGCAUUUUAUGAAUUUUCCUACUCCGGUUGCUUUGCUGCCAAGUCAGCAAUUGGGCGGUGGUUCUAAUACAAUUGGCGGCGGAGGAGGAGGUGGUAAUGGUGGUGGUAAUAGUAUGAGUGAAGGCCAUUUAAAUAUGCUAGCGGGGCUAAACCCUUAUCGGCCUUCUGGCAUGUCAGACUCACAAGCAAGCGGGUCACACUCGCAUCACGGUGGCGGAGGCGGAGGAGAUGAUCGGCAUGAUACAACGAGUCAUCACUCAUAAGUCACGACCGCCGCAACAUAAUCAUCAUCGUCAUCCACAGCAACGCCAUCAUCGUAUCAUCCCUUGCUUGUGUAGUUAAUUUGAUGUGUAACACACGUGAGGUUUGAUUUGUUUUUCUUGAAUUUGAGUUUUGUUUUCUUUUUGGUUAAUUCUUGAAAUUUUUUUGUGUGAUUAAUAUGGGAUUUUAGGGUUUGAUCAAGAGAUUACAAUAUUAUUUAUUUUAA